AUGUUACUCAGCAGGUUGCCAGUUACAACAGUCCCUUCAUCACACAAAUCACAUAGGUUGUACGCGGUUGAUCGCUCUUCAAUUGAGCAGUACAACCCUUCGACAACGCUUUCCAAAACUUCUUCUCGUAACGGUGAAGCAAAUCAAACUGUUUUGAGCCUUGAUGUGACAAAAGAACAAAUCAGAAAACUGUUCAACAACAUAGAUUAUUCGGUUUCGGCAUACGACACAGCAUGGGUAGCUAUGGUUCCAUCUCCAAGUUCACCCGUAUCCCCAUGUUUCCCCAACUGUUUGAAAUGGCUGAUGGACAACCAGCAUAAGGAUGGAUCAUGGGGUCUGCAUUAUGAUCAUUCAUUACUUAAGGAUAGUUUGUCCUCAACUUUAGCUGGCAUCAUUGCAUUAAGACGAUGGAAUGUUGGGGAAGACCAAAUAAACAAAGGCCUGUACUUUAUUGAAUCGAAUUGUGAUUCAGCUACCAACAUGAAUCAACCAUCUCCAUUUGGUUUUGAGAUUAUAUUUCCUCACAUGCUUCGGUGUGCCAAAGACUUAAACAUAAACCUUCCUUUUAAAGAAAUAGAUCUGAGUCUCAUGCUAAACAGGAGAGAAUUGGAGUUGAGAAGGUGUUAUUCAGAAGAUAUGGAAGCCUACUUGGCAUAUAUUUCAGAAGGGCUUGGUGAUUUGUAUGAUAAUAACAUGGUGAUGAAAUAUCAGAUGAAGAAUGGUUCUAUUUUAAACUCUCCUUCAGCAACGUCAUCUGUGCUCAUUCGUCAUCAAAAUGUUGGUUGUAUGAAUUAUCUAAGUGAACUAUUGGAAAAGUUUGGUAAUGCAGUCCCAACACUUUACCCUCUUGGAUUAUAUGUACGACUUUGUAUGGUUGACGCACUUGAAAGAUUGGGAAUCACACGCCAUUUCCGGAUGGAAAUCCAAAAUGUUUUAGACGAAACAUACAGAUGUUGGGUGCAGAAUGAUGAGCAAAUAUUCAAGGAUGUUGCCACUUGUGCUUUAGCCUUUCGGUUAUUAAGGACAAACGGGUAUGAAGUUUCAUCAGAUCCUUUGGCUGAAAUUACCAAAAUGGGGGCUUCCGUGAAUUCACAUAAGGAAACUUUCAAAGGAGUUUAUACUGCUCUUGAAGUCUAUAGGGCAACACAUCUUAUACAUGAAGAUGUAUUAGCUUUUGAAGAUAUAAGAUCAAGGUCGAAAAAGUAUCUUGAAAAAGCAAUAUCCACUACCAAAGUCCCAUCAAACAGGCGCUAUAAAUUAAUUCACGAAGAGGUCGACAACGCUCUCAAGUUCCCCUUCAAUGGUUGUUUAGAACGCAUAUUGACUAGAAGAAAUAUAGAGAAUUACAAUGUAGAUAAUACUAGAAUAUGGAAAACUGCAUACCGUUCAUCAAACAUUGCGAAUGAGGGUUACCUACGGUUGGCAGUGGAGGAUUUUAACACAACCCAAUCUAUUUAUCGUGCAGAGGUGCAAGGUCUUGAAAGGUGGAUGGAAGAGAACAAAUUGAACGAGCUCAAGUUUGCUAGGCAGAAUUCUGCCUAUUGUUACUUCUCAGUAGCUGCAACUCUUUACUCUCCUGAACUAUCAGAUGCGCGUAUAUGCUGGGCCAAAAAUAGCAUCCUCGUUACUAUAGUUGAUGAUUUUUUUGACGUUGGAGGCUCUAUGGAUGAGUUUGAAAAUCUGAUUCAGUGUGUUGAAAGAUGGGAUGUAAAUCUUGACACCGACUGUAUUUCAAAUGAAGUUCGGGUUUUAUUUUUGGCAAUAAAGGAUAUAGUAUGCUGGACUGGAGAUGCAGCUUUCCAAAGGCAAGCACGAGAUGUAAAAAGUCAUGUUAUUGAAAUCUGGUUGAGCAUGUUGAAGAAUAUGCAGCAAGAAGCUAUCUGGGUGACUGAUGCUUGCGUGCCAACUAUAAAUGAGUAUAUGGAAAAUGGUUACGUAACAAUUGGAAUUGGCCCAACUUUACUUCCAGCUCUUUACUUUGUGGGACCAUCAUUAUCGGAAGAGAUUGUUCAAAGCUCUGAGUACGAAAAGCUAUUCGAGCUUGUGAGCACUCAAGGACGCCUUUUGAAUGACAUCCGAACCUUUAAGAGAGAACUUGAGGUUGGAAAGUUAAAUGUCGUGCCAUUGCACAUGAUACACGGAAAGACAGGGAUUGUCGAGGAUGAGGUCGUCGAUAAUAUUAAGAUGUUGAUUGAGAAGACAAGGAGAGAACUGAUGAAAUUAGUUAUGGAAGGAGAGGGAAGCAGCAUUGUUCCAAGAGCUUGUAAAGAUGCAUUUUGGGACAUGUCUAAUGUGUUAAAUCUAUUCUAUGCAACAGAUGAUGGAUUUACUGGACGUGCGAUCCUUGAUAUUGUGAAGGACGUCAUUUACAAACCAGUAACCCACUAG